AUGUGGAGUCGACCAAUCCUUUCGCCUCACACAGGUCUAGCAGAUGUAGGACGAAGUCGACUGUCACGAGCUGCUCCGCCGGCCCAAGCUCGAUACAUACGUGAUCCACACGGGGAAACCAAAUAUUUUGCGCGCGUGGAUAUACAAGAUGUACCACGGGAGAGUUUGGAAGUCUAUACACAACAGAAUCUGGUUAUAUUGUACGCCAAAUUGGAAAACCGUGUCACUGCCGGUGGCAGACGAACACAUGAGUGGCGCAGAGAGCUGCGACUUCCACCCAAUGUGAAUUUCUCUACACUUAGAUGUACAUUUGUAGAACCUGGUUUUGUGCAUAUUGAAGCUGACGUUCUGGAGGAAACAGCCCACCUCGCUCCUAUCUCAAACUGGUCGCGUCCCAAAUCUCCGGAUGUUCAUAACUUUCCCGCCAACGAUUGGAGUCGUACCCAUACGCCUAAUUUGGGAAGCACACCGAUACCAUGCAGACCGGAGUGUAAAAUUGACCAUCGUCGUGUGACCUUUGCCGAGCCUCAACGAUGUAGAAUCUCAACAACCCCUUCUGCCAGCCGCUCAUCCUGGAAACGUGUCCCAAUCACAGAGUGGUCUUAUGGACACUCAUCCCCGAUUUCGUUUAACUCACCCCGAACUGUGAGAACGUUUCUAUCCCCACAGCUUCACGCAGCACCGCUAGUCGCUCAAACACCGCCCACAUCGACAAGAUCCCGCGAUCCAACCUCACCAACACGCGUGCGCAAUCCGUUGGGUCAAGGGGAUGGUACAACCGCUCCCACCGGGCAAGCGUUCAAACGGUAUAAAUUACGUGUUGAACUUGGCUAUUCCGUCAGUCCACGAGACCUAACCAUCAACAGUCAUAACGGUCUAUUGACUAUACAUGCAAAAAAGCUUGUCAAGCCUAACGCGUGGAAGCCCAGUGAAGAUAUGGUGUUCGAGCACUAUAGUGAACACACCCUUCCGUGUGAUAUCAUCCUCACAGACUUGACUGCGAGGCUUCAGGAUGGCGUGGUUUAUGUGGAAGCACCGUACAAACCUGUUACAGCAAACAUCUCCCUGCCUCGGUUAGACGCACUCCAUCGGCAAUCGAUGAUUAUGAAUAACUGGCACGGAAUCUGA